AGAUGUGGUCAGCAUGGCUGAUAGUCAUCUACACAAUCACCUGUUUACUAGUCAUAGGAAUACUAGCAGUAGGUGUCUGGUUUGUCAGAGUUGACAUGCAACGAUCGAGGAUGAUAUCAGAAAAGUACGUGGACACGAGUAAAGCUACGGAUGUCUAGUACUUGCCCCUCCACCUCACCUCAGCUACUUCCAUUGUGAUACUCGAACUGUGCCUGGUAUACAUUCGCCUGUACAUAAAGAU